AUGAGCCUCAGCGAGGAGCGCGUGCAGAAGUUCCUGGACCAGAACCCUGGCUUCGUGGAGCGCUACUUCGAGAAGCCGCUGGCCCCUGAGCAUGCAGCCAAGGCCGCCGAGGGGGAGGCGCGGCGCCCGGCCGACUGCACCAGCUUCAGGGAGCUGUGCCAGGUGGAGGAGAGCGAGGCGCUGCUGGAGCUGGUGCGGGACAUGCAGGAGCAGGUCAACAUGGAGCGCGUGGUCUUCAAGACCCUGCGGCGGCUCUGCGGGGCGCUGCGCGCCGACCGCUGCAGCCUCUUCAUGUACCGCCAGCGCAAUGGGGUCGCCGAGCUGGCCACGCGCCUCUUCAGCGUGCAGCCCGACAGCGUCCUGGAAGACUGCCUCGUGCCCCCCGACUCCGAGAUGGUCUUUCCGCUGGACAUCGGCAUCGUCGGCCACGUGGCGCAGACCAAGAAGAUGGAGAAUGUCGGGGACGUGAGCCAGUGCCCCUACUUCAGCCCGUUUGCCGACGAGCUCACCGAAUACGUGACCAGGAACAUCCUGGCCACGCCCAUCAUGAAUGGCAAGGACGUGGUGGCUGUCAUCAUGGCCGUGAAUAAGCUGGACGGGCCCAGUUUCACCAGCGAAGACGAAGACGUUUUCUUAAAAUACCUGAACUUUGCCGCCUUAAACCUGAAGAUCUACCACCUGAGCUACCUCCACAACUGUGAGACGCGACGAGGCCAGGUGCUGCUGUGGUCGGCCAACAAGGUAUUUGAAGAGCUGACGGACAUCGAGCGGCAGUUCCACAAGGCCUUCUACACCGUGCGGGCCUACCUGAACUGCGACCGGUACUCUGUGGGACUCCUGGACAUGACCAAGGAGAAGGAAUUCUUCGACGUGUGGCCUGUGCUGAUGGGGGAGGCGCAGCCGUACUCCGGACCCCGCACGCCCGACGGCCGGGAAAUCGUUUUCUACAAAGUCAUCGACUACGUCCUCCAUGGGAAGGAGGACAUCAAGGUCAUCCCAUCUGUAGGCCUCCUUGAGAAGCUGGUCUGCUCCUGCACGUUCCUGACCAAGGCCAGCAUCGGAGGCCACGUGAUCCCGAUUCCAAAUGAAUACUUGAGACCCCCGUCGCUGUCGCUCGGCUAUGGCAAAUUCUCAGCCAGCCACAAGCUGUUCAACCACAUGCGGGCCCUUCUUGGAUCCCUGACCCAGUUCCUGGGCUGGUCCGUGUUGAACCCCGACACCUACGACAAGAUGAACAAGCUGGAGAACCGCAAGGACAUCGCCCAGGACAUGGUCCUGUACCACGUGAGGUGUGACAAGGACGAGAUCCAGGAGGUCCUGCCCACGAGACUGCGCCUGGGGAAGGAGCCGGCCAACUGCGAGGAGGAGGAGCUGGAGGGCAUCCUGAGGGAAGAGCUCCCAGGGCCCAGCAAGUUCGACAUCUACGAGUUCCACUUCUCGGACCUGGAGUGCACGGAGCUGGAGCUGGUCAAGUGCGGCAUCCAGAUGUACUACGAGCUGGGCGUGGUGCGCAAGUUCCAGAUCCCCCAGGAGGUCCUGGUGCGCUUUCUGUUCUCCGUCAGCAAAGGCUACCGGAGAAUCACCUACCACAACUGGCGCCACGGCUUCAACGUGGCCCAGACCAUGUUCACGCUGCUCAUGACCGGCAAACUGAGAAGCUACUACACGGACCUGGAGGCCUUUGCCAUGGUGACGGCCGGCCUGUGCCACGACAUUGACCACCGGGGCACCAACAACCUGUACCAGAUGAAGGUGCGGAGAGCAAAGACCCUGAACAUCUUCCAGAACCUCAACCAGCGGCAGCACCAGCACGUGAUCCACCUGAUGGACAUCGCCAUCAUUGCCACCGACCUGGCGCUCUACUUUAAGAAGAGGACCAUGUUCCAGAAGAUUGUCGAUGAGUCCAAGAACUAUGAGGACCGGAAGGCGUGGGUGGAGUACUUGUCCCUGGAAACCACGCGGAAGGAGAUCGUCAUGGCCAUGAUGAUGACCGCAUGUGACCUGUCUGCCAUCACCAAGCCCUGGGAGGUCCAGAGCAAGGUCGCCCUUCUGGUGGCAGCCGAGUUCUGGGAGCAGGGGGAUCUGGAAAGGACCGUGUUGGAGCAGCAGCCCAUUCCCAUGAUGGACAGGAACAAGGCCGCUGAGCUCCCCAAGCUGCAGGUGGGCUUCAUCGACUUUGUGUGCACCUUCGUGUACAAGGAGUUUUCCCGCUUCCACGAGGAGAUCCUGCCCAUGUUCGACAGGCUGCAGAACAACAGGAAGGAGUGGAAGGCCCUGGCCGACGAGUAUGAGGCCCAGGUGAAGGCCUUGGAAGAGAAGAAGGAGGAGGAGACAGUGGCGCCCAAGAAAGCGGGCUCCCAAGUCUGCAAUGGCGGCCCGGCCUCCAAGUCUUCCACCUGCUGCAUCCUGUGAGCCCUGUCACAAGGUCCCCACCACCGGCCUCCUCCGCCCAGCCUCGGACCACCCCAUACCACACCGGUGGUGGCCACCGGCCA